GCACAGUAGGUUAGGAUAUUUGAAAGUAAGAGAGACAGUUAGUUAUACUGAAGCACAGUGGGCUGAGAUACUUGAAACUCCAGGAUUAAAAAAUAUUGUUCCUCUUAAACGCCUGAAGCCCGGCUGGACGAUGGGAAAUAUUGUGUCUAACGGUGAAGAUAAAUCCAACAAUAUAAUCUACUAUGUCCGAGGACAAUCUGAAGCAGAUGUUGAAGAAAACAAUUUGUUUCUGCACAGCAGACACCUGCCAUGUACAGAUCAAACCUUUAAGCUGCAGUACGGUACAGAGAUAUACUUCAAGGAAAGAGAGCGUCAAAGUGGAGACUGUAAAGAGAUUGGAGAUGUGGAGAUUAACAAAAGAGUUUAUCACCUGGAAGAACUCUUCUCCAGGAUAGAGGAGAAGGUGGAGGAGUGUAGGAGAGAGGUUGAGAUAACUCCAGUUCUCCUCUCUACUCCAGCAUGGGAAUUUAUAGGUUCAAGGUUAAAGGUGGCGAACAUGAAGAGGUUUAUCUCUGUACAAAGACGAUUAUUCUCCAUGAGAUUAAUCUCCACGAAGCUCCUCCACCAAGUCCUAGAGGUGUCUUGUUCAACCUGGAUAUUCAACCCUAGAUCGGGGAUUAUGAAGGAGUAUAUAGAGGGGUUGGAGAAGGAUGAAGACCGUGUUGAGAUAUUUGAAUAUUUUCUUGAAUUAAUGAAACAUAUUCCUCAGAUUUCAAGCAGUAUUAUUCAGCUUAUACAGGUGUUCACUAGACAGAAAGUAGAAUCCCCCCUGGUUUCUGUUUACUAUCAGAUGUUGAAGAAUAUCACUAGAAAUUAUAUGAAACAGCUUCAAAUACAGACUACCUGUUUCCUGGACUACAGCCAGCUGCCACUAAUCCCAAUACAAGAAGAGAUAUUCUUCCAUACCAAUAUAAUGUUCCAGAGCAAUCUGUCCCCUGUGCGACCCUUCAGCCCCUACCCGGACGAGGAGGACUACAUGGAGGUCUACUUCAGGCUGCAGAGAACUGACGGGUUUAAUGCCAUUAUCAAGGGGAUCAAAGAUUUCAACAAAGGGAAACUGGAUCAUAGAGACAUGAACGUGUACGAGCAGGUUUACCUGCGAGGUAUAGCAACUAAGCAGAACGGAUAUGCAUUCCUGCUUCACGUCAAAUCUAUGCGGAAAGUUAAGGACCUGACUAAAACUAAGUUUCUGUUGACCGGAAACCUGCUCUGCCUCUCAAUAGAGGGAGAUUUCUCAGAUGCCAUCUGGGCAAAGGUUUUCAAUAGAGAUGACAAGCUUCUGAAGGAUGGUCUCAUAUUUGUUGAUAUUCUCCCCGGGCUCAACAAGAAGUCAACCUCCGACAUCCUACUGGACAUCCUCCAAAACAAUGGAAGGAUAAUUAUGGUUGAAUCUCCUAACUUCUACAAAGCAUAUGGCCCAGUACUAGCUGCUUUACAGUCCUAUAACAUGAAAGAUCUGCCAAUAAAGGAUACUGUUGUUAGAUGUGAGAACAGUGGUCCUCCAUUAAACCUGGAGUCUAACAGAAUAAUACUUGAUCCGUUUAUUGAACCUGACUCUGAUCUCACAUCUGGAGAACCAUCAGUUUCUCCGGACGAUCUUAAAUUUGUCAAUACGUCAUCAGAUUCUUCACAACCCGCAGUCGCUUCAACAGUAAGGCCUAGAAAUAGGAUAAAUCCGCCAGCCAAACCUAUUUCUUCAUUACCGAAGUUAAAGCGCUCAAAUAUUCCAUUUAUCUCAUCAAACAACCUCAAGCUCGAGGAACUCCGAGAAAAGAAGGAAACUGAAAGAGUGCAAAUCGAAUAUCGAGUAAAAGAACGAGAAACUAUAAAUCAUGUUCCUGUGCAAGCUGAAAUGGUUUCUGUUGAUGCAUUUCUGGAUAUCCUUGAAGCAGACAAUAAGCUGGAUCCGUCUCAAACUAAGGCGCUGCAGCAUGUUCUGAAGAACCGGGUGAGUAUCAUCCAGGGUCCUCCCGGAGCGGGGAAAACUUUCAUAGGAACCAAGAUACUAGAGAUACUGCUCCGACUUGAGAAACCAUCAACCCGACCCAUCCUGGUAAUCACGUAUAAGAAUCAUGCCCUAGAUGAAUUCCUAGGUGAUCUCCUGGACACUCAUGCAGUGUCUAAAUGGAAUAUGGUGAGGAUCGGUGGUAAAUGUUCAGAUCUUCGGCUGGAGGAUUGUCGGCUGUAUAAUGUAUUACGAAGAAAGGAAUAUUUCAUCAACGAAAUGAACGAUCAGAUCACUCAUCUUAAUGAAAGGCUGCAUGAAGAAAUAUCCAGGUUUCCUGUCGGGUUGACGUUGGCUGAUAUAGUGUUUUAUAUGUCUGAUAUAGAUAUAUAUAAUAUACUGACUGAUACAAAUACUAACGAUGAUAUGAUCCGUAUCAUACAGAGGAAUAUAUGGCAGACUGGAGCAACUAUGCAGGAUAUGAUUUUAGAAAAUUCUUCGGACAAGAAGCUAUCGAAGGAGUGGAGAAAAAUCAAAAAGAAAUUCCGGAAUUGGAUUCCAUCGAACAUAGAUUUCAGUCGGUUUGCGAACAGUAUUGGGAAGAUGAAGCAGAGUCUGACUAAGAUUCAGUUGAUCAGGGAAACACAGAAGAACAUUGAGGAGAAUAAUGUUGAGCAGCAGGAUCAAACUGAAGUGAAAGAGUGGGAUAAUGAGAGAAAACACUAUUCAGAUGAUUCUGGACGUGGAGGUCCAGCCGGAGAUUUUUACAUGGACAUAACUGAAAUCCGCCAGACUGGAUUUAUCUGUAAACUUGAUGCUUUCCCAGAUACAUGCCCUUUAGAUAAAGAUCUUCUGUCUGGGGAGAUACCUGUAGAGUACAUGUUGACAGAUGAGAAGAUAAAAUACCUGUAUGCUGUACUGUGUCAGCGCCAAGAGCCAGGAUGGAUGAAUCUGGAAGCACUAUAUGAAAAACUAGAUGAAGCACAAAAAAAGAAAGAAAGCCUUGAAAUGGCAAACAAAGCGGAAUCACUGAGUGACAUGAAGGUCAUAGCUAUGACAAUUACAGGAGCUUCUAUAAAUAACUCCUUGCUGAAGAUGAUUGAUCCUGAAAUAGUGAUGGUUGAAGAAGCAGCUGAGAUACUGGAACCCCAGCUUCUGGUUGCUCUGACAACUAGACUCAAACAUCUUAUUAUGAUUGGAGACCAUAACCAGUUACCCCCUCAGGUUGAAACAUACGAGCUGAAGAACAAAUUCAACUUUGAUGUGUCCAUGAUGCAGAGGCUGGUGCAGAACAACCUACCCUACAUCCAGCUAGAGAUGCAAAACAGGAUGCGCCCUGAUAUCGCGGAACUGCUGAAGGAUAUUUAUCCUAAUCUUCUUAGUAAUCAUGGCAGAGUAGACUCUAUUGAGCUUCCCGUAACUCUUACGCAUUCAUCAAUAUUCUGGACACACAAACAGGAGGAAAAGGGGGAUAGAAGUGCCAAUAAUCCUACGGAAGCUGAGAUGGCACUGAGUCUUGCAACUCUUCUGGUUACCUACGGAGCUGAACCAAAGGACAUAACUAUUCUCUGCGCUUAUCUGGGUCAAGCAAGUCUGGUAAAAAUUCGAAUGAAGAGUUAUCUCACUGAAUACAAGGUUCUCAACAAUACACCCUUCAUCAUUUCUACUGUGGACAACUAUCAGGGAGAUGAAAACAAGAUUGUUAUUGUUUCUCUUGUUCGCGGGAAUCCCAAAGGAACAGUUGGUUUUCUUAGAGAUCGUCCUAGAAGAUGUGUAGCUCAGUCCAGAGCCAAGUCAUGUGUUAUCUUCAUAGGAAAUGAGUUGACUAUAAGGAAAGCUGAAUGUUGGGAUGUAUUGAUGGACAAGGUCCAACAUCUAGGACCUCAGGUUUAUAUAUCCUGUCCUCUCCACCCUGUAAACCAGCUGAGUUUGGACAGUGUAAAGAAGAUACAAAAUCUUCUUGAAACCCCAUCAGAACUCUGUACUGUUCUUUGUGGGAAUCUGCAUCUAUGCUUGAACAAGGAUCAUGCGUGCAAACUUCCAUGUCAACCAAGGCAUGAACACACCAAGUGCCGGACCAAGGUGGGCUAUGUAUGUCCGGACUGUGGCAGGGAUGUUACCAAAUGCUGCUAUGACAAAAAUCCUAAAUGCAAGGAAGUUAUAGACUUUGUAUAUCCAAGAUGUGGUCACCCUGAUAAAAGGGCUUGCUAUAGAGGAGUAGAAGAAGAGGAAAGACUCGAGUGUAAACUUCCCUGUGUUGAGACUAUGAGCUGUGGAAAACACAACUGUAUUGAACAAUGUGGUGCAAUUCAUUCUCAUGAUAAAUGCAGUAAGAUGGUCGAUACACAGUUUAGCUGUGGACAUGCUGGGAAGAAGAAGUGUUACAAGAACGAUUCAGAAGUGAAGUGCAUGAAGGAUAUACUGAAACAGUUCCCAUCCUGUUCACACAGUGUCAAGGUUUAUUGCAGUGCAUCGAUGAAAGAAAUCAAGUGUAAUACAGAGGUAAAGUUUAUCUCUCAGUGCGGACACACAAAUGUGAAGAGGUGUUAUCAAAGUGAUCUUGACGUAAAGUGCAAGAAAGACUGCAAUAAGAUUCUGCUUUGUAACCAUAAAUGUGAAGGAAGUUGUGGAGAGGAUGUCUGUGGUUCUUGUAAAAGAUGUGAAGAGCUGGCUGAACAACAAAUAGAGAAAUCCAGAGAGCAUGCACGGAGAGAAGUAAAGAAAACUGAAAAAUUUUUAGAAUUACGAAACAAUACCAAACCUACAAGUCAGAUUGUAGAGCCUCUUCAUGACGAGUUUGAUGGAAUCAAAGAUUUUACUCUGAAGUACAUUGUUCCUCUUCAUAAUUGGUUUCCCAUAAUAGAGAAAGUAGAACGAGUUGAAAACCUUCCUCUACAGAAAGCCUGGUGGAAGGCUAAGAGUGAAUUGUUUGAUCCUGUCAGAGAUUGGAGUUAUAAGUUCCAUGGAACUGAUAAUAACGCAAUUCAAAAUAUCUGCUUUGGUAGCGGGUUUAGACUGCCGGAGCAAUCUAACCGGAAUAUGUUUGGUCAGGGAGUAUAUUUUGCCAGUAAUUCAUCCAAGUCUGCUCAGGAAAUAUAUACUAAGAGUAGUAACAAGCUGUUGGUGUGUAAGGUGCUGCUAGGAAAAUCUCUAGCUGCUACUACGGCCAUGAACUACUUAACUCCAGAAAAGAUGAAGGAGAAGGGAUAUGACUCUCUGUAUGCUGCAGUUGGAACGUGUGCGCUGAAGAAUGAUGAGUUUAUUAUAUAUGAUCCAGCUCUAGCUCUCCCUGCCUACAUAGUUCACUACAGAAAUAGCUCUCCAGGAGAAAAUUCUUCUCUUCCGAUAUUUAAAUCCAUCCCACCCCAGCAGAUAUUCAAGAUUUCAACUGUAUUCCCCAAGAAAGCCUACAAUGACAAGAAUCCAUACGAGAUACAAUACCUGCUCGCAGAAACUGUGUUCUACAGAAUACCUUUAACUAGCAGUUACACAAAACCGAAUAUACGGUGUAUAGAUAUUGUGAUGAACCCAACUCUCAAUGCCAAGUUUGACAGUAUGAAGAGAGUGUUGAUGUGCGAGGAGACCCAGUUGUUCUACAUGUUUAAGUUAGAUGAUCUCCAGGAUGUGUUGAAGACCAACUUUAACACCACACAUCUGAAGACACUGGUUGGAGAAAAAGGAUUGUAUUUUGCAGAUCGUCCUGAAGCCAGUGAUCAGUAUAAACCUGGAUGCAAAUCUGUUCUACUGUGCAAAGUUCUGCGAGCUGGUUUGAAGGUAACGAAAAAAAAAUUUUUCAGUGGUGUAUUUUUUCUCCAAAAAAAAUUCCCCCUUUUAGAAUAUUUUUAUUUUUCACCAGAGUUAGGUAUGUUUGUGCGGGUUAUAUCACUGAAUUACGGAACAUUAAUGAUAUAUAUAUAUAUAUAUACGUAUAUAUAG